AUGUCUACGAUCGCGCAACCUCGAGAAAGCUCCGUAAAUGGCCGCCGUGUGCCUUUACUCACCACACCUACCUCCUCAACACGACCAAGUUUAGACCGCUCCCGUUCAUCUGAACCUUCUCCCAGUCGAGGCUCCUCAAUCGCGAUACCACGGCGCAAUCGUGCUGCUCUACGAGAGUAUUACAAUCUCAAGAAAGGCCAAGAAGCUGUUACCGACGAUGCUGCAUCCGAAGUCUCCUCAGUCCACUUUGAUAGUGAAGUACAAGAAAGUGAGAUGGACAAAGAUGAAUUCGACGGCGAAAAAUACGUGAAAGAGGUUCUGGAGAAACAAACACUGGGAGAGCUGCUGCGGACUUAUAAUGGGGUUUUGACUGAUAUACGGGCUUUGGAUGCGGAGAAGAAGGCACUGGUUUAUGAUAAUUACAGCAAGUUGAUUGCGGCAACAGAGACGAUCAGGAAGAUGAGGACAAACAUGGAUCCGUUAAAUCCAAUGGCUAGUACGCUGGACCCGGCAAUCGCGAGUAUCUAUGAGAGGGCAGAAAAAAUCAAGGGGGAAUUAAAGAAGGGUAUUCCAGAGUCACAAAGGAAGCUUAUGGAGAUGGGAGUUGAGGAAAGGGCGGCGUUUCAGAAGAAACAAAAUAUGAAGAAACUUGUGCUACGGAUAUUGGAAACACCUGAGAAACUAAGAACUUUGGUAGCGGAGGGCAACGAAGAAGAGGCUAGGUCGGAAUGGGAAAAAACUCUGACGUUGUUGAGAAGGUGGAAGGAGAGAGGCGUGGGCGGAAAUGAUGUCCAAGCCUGUAUAGAGGACGGCGAGGCAGCUUUGAGAGGCGAGCCUCCAAAUAAAAAGAGUUGGAUCAGUAUAAAGGCAAGAAGAACAUCAUGA